UUCCACACUUCCUUCCUCCUUCUCCCUCUCUCUCUGCUAACAUCUUUAUAAUUUAAAUUAUUAUAUCCUUUAACUUCUCUCUCAUCAAACUCAAAAUCAUAUUCCUAUAUUAAGGACAACGUGGACUGCACCUGCUGACUGGUAUUUACAUUUCUUAUAAGCUCACAAGCCUACCAGCUACACCCGCUUCUCAUUUCUCACCAUUAACCUCUUCUUAUAUUAUUUUCCCUCUUCUUUCUUUCUCUCCCUAUCAAUUCCCUUAAGUCCUUUCCUUUCCCAAUUCCAGAGGCCCUUCAUCAAUAUCGCUGUUGCAGUGUCUCCCAGGGGCACGUCAUGGGACCCUGUACAUGUGGCAUCUCCCACGGCCAAACCACCUCCUUCUCAAUGCCCUUCUCCGGGCCAAACCACAAACCACCCUACCAAGAUUCCGACAUUUACGAUUAUUCCUUCACCUCCUCCUCUUCUUCUUCUUCCCCUUCCGUUGACUGCACCCUUUCCCUCGGUACCCCAUCCACCCGUUUCUCCCAAGACGACCAAAAACCUACUCGCCACGAACGUAGAUCCGUUUCUAACUUCUGUUGGGACUUACUACAAUCCAAACACAACCCUCAAUCCCAAACCAAGUCCUCCAGAACCUCCAAUACCACCUCAAACCCCGACCCUCUCAUCGCUCGCCGCUGCGCCAAUUGUGAUACCACCUCAACUCCCCUUUGGAGAAAUGGCCCCCGAGGCCCCAAGUCGCUGUGCAAUGCGUGUGGGAUUAGAUUCAAGAAGGAGGAAAGAAGGGCGAGUGCCGCGGCCGCACCGCCGCAGCGGGCUUCUGGCGGCAUGAUGGAAUCGGCGCAGGUGUACAACAAUUCGUGGUACGCACACCCGCAGAGUCAGAAGAUGCAGUGUUUCUCACCGGGGAUGGGGAGCGAGUUCCGUUUCGCGGAUGACGGCGAUCGAGACGCCGAUAACGGCAUUCCGUUUCUCUCGUGGAGACUCAACGUCGCAGACAGAACGAGCCUCGUCCACGACUUCACAAGAUGAACGUUGAAAACAAAAAAUUAAUAGCAUAUUAUAAUGAUGAUAAUAAUAUAAUAAUAGUAACACGAGAUAUUACAAAAGGAGGUAGCUAGCUAGCGUGGUUACCUGGAUACGGUCAAGACCAAUCAAACACACAGGCAGUUAUACGUCAACGUUUUACGAUGAUGUUUUUGAUUGCGAUGGUUAUGAGGGUCUCGAAUCGUGGAUUUUAUGUUUCUUUUUACCUUUUCCGUUUUGUUUGCUUCCUUUUCUCGCCCUUGGUGUGAGAAUGAGAUAAUUCUAUAUUCUUAUUAGCUUGCUUU